CACAAGGCUUCACCAUGUUCUCUCGCUCUGCCCUUGUUCUCCUGCUCUGCCUCUCCACAGGCCUGGCUGCCACACUCAUCCCUCCUGCUUCUGCCGAGGAGCUUCCAUCAGCUCCUGAAGCUGCAGCAGCUGAAGACUCGAACGUGAAGAUGGUUGUAGAGGCUGCUGGCACUGAAGCAGCCCAAGCUGACGCUCCUGCAGAGGGAAACCAGGCUGGAGCUGCCACCAGCACUACCCAGGACGCCGAGGAGGACUCUACCUGGGGCUUGAACUCCAUCAGAGGCAGCUUUCAAGCCGUCAAUGGAUACUUUGACUCGUUGCUGGAGCUGAUGGGAGGCCGCGAUGGCGUGUGCCAGUACCGCUGCAGAUACGGUAAAGCUCCACAAGCUCGUCCAGGCCAUCAGAUGCCUGAACCCAAUGGCUGCACAUCCUCUUUGCUUGGUUUCCAGGUACCGGAUAGUUUCGACAUGGGCAUCCCAGCCAUGACCAAGUGUUGUAACCAGCUGGACAUGUGCUAUGACACGUGCGGUUCCAACAAGUACCGCUGCGACACCAAGUUCCGCUGGUGCCUCCACAGCAUCUGCGGUGAUCUGAAGAAGAGCUUGGGCUUCAUGUCAAAGGUUGAAGCUUGCGAGACGUUUGCGGACACCAUGUACAACACUGUAUGGACUCUGGGCUGUAGGCCGUUCAUGAACAGCCAGAGGGCAGCAUGCAUCUGUGAGGGAGAGGAGAAAGACGAGCUGUAGGAACUACCACUCCUCCUGCCAAGCACAAUGACUCACCAUUACCAAGUGCCUUCAAACUCAACCAUACAGAGCUCAGCGGACUCCAAAGAGUGACUGGUUCAAAAGACUCAUGUGGAGCAAACAACAAUGAAAUGCUUGAAUCCCAGAGUUCUCAUCAUCCCUUUUCAUUAAUAUACAUACACACGCCACUAUAGGUUUGGGUUUACGGCUUUACCUCAAUGGUAAACUCUUGGGAGACGAGACUCUUUUGUACUCUUAUAGGGCUAAUGUUUUAAGACGGGUCUGGUUAAGUUGCUCUGAAUGAGAAGGCCAAUUAGACGGAGGUUUCGAAGAGUGGAAAAAUAAUUCUAAAUUUAAGUCAAACAGCACAUUAUGACUGUUUGGAAGAACCCCCCUCCCCAGUGUUCAUGUGCACCCCAGACGAAAUGCUAUAUAUUCAUAAUUUAUUUUAAAAAAAAGUGUUGCGCUGCCAUUCAAAUUAAACUUUCAACCAUUUAGCCAGUCCAAAUACUGGUAUCUAUACUGUUAAUUUCACACAGGCUAAAAACAACCUAAGACACAAGAAUAUCUUUAACAUGACUUCUGAUGCAUCUUCGAAACAUUCCUAAGUUAUUUUAAACUAUGUUGUUCUGAAUAAAUAUCAGACAUGUGUGGCUCUUCACAUACUGAGUCUUUUUCUCCAUACAUGACAAGUAAGGACUCGUUCUGGCAAGGUUAGAACAAGGGUAAAUUUGUGUCUACAAAUAUAGCUAUGGAUGUAUUUAACAGUUAUUCCACAAAAUCGAGUCGUACAUGAGCCGAUAGCCGAUGAGGCGCGUAGCACCGAGUCGGCGAUAAGCCAUGUACGAUGAGAUUGAGUGGAAUAACUGUUUUAUUCUAUCCGCAUUCACUGGAUUUUGACAAAACAGAGCAUUAUUAUUUUUAGCAAAUUCGAUAAAUAAAAACUUAAUACAAAACGUCUGACAAAAUCAUUUCAGCUUAGAAUGUAAACAAACCGGCGAAAUGACAGGAGCAAUUUGUGAAAAAUGCUAUAAUAAUAAUAAUAAUUCUUGAAAAAAAAAAAAAAAAAGAUAUGUUCUUACCAUCAAGUAAUUUUAUCCCAUAUUUUAUUGCUUUUUUAUUGGGGGGGGUGUUUCUCCUUCUUUAGGGUUUUUUGACGGUUGGCAAACCAACUUAAAGGUGCAUUACCGCCACUGACUAGGCUGGAGUGUGAAACAGGAGAUAUCGAGGGGGAUGACACACCAAAAACUAUAUUCUUUUAGCCAUUUCUGUUUCUUUUAAAUACUUGAUCAAUUUGUGAGGUUUUGUUUUCAAGCAGAGCUUUUAUUUCGUCCUCUGUUGGUUCAGCAACACGCUCUGCCAUUUUGUUUUCUCUACUCACGAUAUGUGAGCUAAUAUCCUUGUAGUAGAGUAGCCAAUCAGAGCGCGCAACUACUCAUAUCCAGUGAAUGUGGAUAGAAUAAUUUUUUUUUUUUUUUUGCAGUCCGAUUUCCAUCAAAUCCUGCGCUCUGAUUGGCUGGCGACUGGGUCCGUAUCCUACGAUAUGGACCCCAGUUACGGACCUCUGGCGACUCGCUCGUUCACAACAACAAACAUAGUAGUAAUUUUUGUCAACAUUUAUCUUUUUUUUUUUUUUUAAAUAAGAUUUAUUUAUAAGAUUUUUAUCAAAUAUCUUGUAAAUUUUUGCCAGCAUUUCUCAGGAGAAUAGCAUUAAUUUUGCAGCAUGGAUAGCGAUAACGACAGUGUUCACAGCAAAAGCAAGUUUUACUACCCUGAGGAAGAAGAAAUAAAAGAAAACAUUUCAGGAGAAAGCUAAAACCUGUAACUGUUGCUAACACCGAGCAAAAACAUGACUGAAUCCUGAAUGACUCAAUUUUGUAUAAAUAUGGGACUACAUAGGCAGCAAAAUGUAGUUUUUUUUUUUCCUGCCGUGGAAGUGCACUUGUAUACCGAGGAGGAAGCCAUUUGCAUUACAGCCGUGAAUGAGGAUUCAAAAUGGCGGCUCGCCUUGGCUCGGUUUUCCCUUUCGGGCGCUCUCGUUUUCUGUUAGAAUUUGGUAAAGAAAAAAAUAUAUAUAAUUAUUCACCAGCUUAAGGUCGGUCCGUAUGGUGAAAUACCGUGACCUCGGCCUUGAAUACUGACCUCGGUCACGGUAUUUCACAAUACGGACCUCCCAGCUGGUAAAUAGCACAUAUACAUAUGCGACCAAAUACAAAGAUGUUAUUCAGAUUGAAGAGAUGUGUUCUUAACAAAUACAAUUAAAAGAUUUUUUAGGAGGAUUGCAGGAAAGGUUCAGAGGGGUUCUGGUUGGGUUGAGAGGUGUGUAUCAGAACCUGGAUGUCAUGGAACCAAAAAAAAAAAAAGUUGCAUGAGCAGGAGAGGUGUGUACUUUCAUGCACGUUCAAGCAAGUGGUCAGAUAUGAAGCUUGAGGGACAAACAAAGACAGUGUUUAUUUCUUAAUCAUUUGUAACACAGUGGCUUAAAUUAGACUAGGGUUAGUUUAUACAUAUUAUGGGAAAUUUGACCAUAUCACAGGCACGUACAAAAACAAACAAAAUCAUACUGGCACAAGCAGGAUUAAACAGUCCCACGCACAUCUCCAGCUGAGACUGGAAUGAUGUAGCUGAGGUUGAGGAACUGUCAGAGCCAGUAUUCACACACCAUGUUAAACAGUGUUUAUAUUUUAAGCUUUGGAAUUUUCCAUAAUGAUUUAAUAUGGUUACACACGGGCAUAUCUUUUUUUUUUUUUUAAGUUUAGGCCACACCCACUUUGGCUUUAAAUCUGAAUAUUAACAGGGAUAUUUGGAGCACUAAACAGAUACAGAUAUAGAAAGUAGCAUUGCAUUGUAUCCCUACUAGAAAUACAGCAUAUGGUACGUCAAAACAUUCGCUGAUAUUUUGGCCCAGUCAGCUGUGACAUGGGCAUAGAACUCAUUAGCAUAGAGUUUUAACACAGUAGCGCUGUACUUUAUAACACUGUACUCACACACUUGGGGAGGCUGCAACAAAUUACAAAAUGUGUUUAUUUUAAGCAAAAUAAUAUUAAUCCAUGAACAAAUACCUGACUAACUAUUAUAAUAUAUAUAUUAUGCAUAUUCAUAUAAAAAAUCUGAUGCCAAAGUACUUGCGUAGUAAAACUGUAUGUGAACUUUGCUGACAUGAUCACUUGUAAUCGACAUAAAUGUACAUUCUGUAUUAAAAGUGAUAAAUAUUCUGGAA